CUACAACGUGGCGAUAUGGAAGACGCGUGGGUGUACAUCCUCUCCGCGACCUCCGUCCUCUUCCUUCUCUUCCUGUUCAUAUUGCAGAGAAGCGACAAGAGAAAUCUCCCGCCGAGCCCGCCUUCACUCCCUAUCAUCGGCCACCUCCUCCUCAUAAAAGAGCCUGUCCACCGAACCCUCCAGUCCCUCUCCCAUCGCUAUGGCCCCGUCCUUUCCCUCUCCUUCGGCUCUCGGCCCGUGGUGGUCAUAUCCUCCCCGUCCGCGGCCGAGGAGUGCUUCACCACCAACGACCUUGUCCUCGCCAACCGCCCCCGCAUGCUCGCCGGCCACAUCAUGGGCUACGGCAACACCACCAUGGGCACCGCCCACUACGGCCCCCACUGGCGCAACCUGCGCCGCCUCACUGCCCUCGAGAUCCUCUCUCCACAUCGCCUCGCCGGCUCCCUCGCUGUCCGGCAGGAAGAAGUCAGGCUCCUACUGAGGAGCCUCUACGAGGCGGCCGGUUCCGCCGGGGGCGGUGGUUACGCGAGGGUGGAGAUGAGGUCGAGGUUGCAGGAGCUGUCCUUCAACAUCAUCAUGAGGAUGGUCUCUGGGAAGCGCUACUUUGGCGCGGCCGUCAACGCGGGCGAUGCCGAGAUGGCCGGGCAGUUCAGGGAGGUGAUAAAGGAGACAUUCGAGCUGAGCGGGACGGACCCGGGAGAUUUCUUGCCGGCGCUGAGGAAGGUGGUGGACUUCAAGGGGAGAGAACGGAGGAUGGUGGACGUGGCGAAGAGGUCCGAUGGGAUGUUGCAGGGCAUGAUAGACGAGUUGAGGUCGAGAAGGGACGGCGGCCAAGAGGUGGAGAGCAAGACGAUGAUCGAUGCCAUGCUGUCGGAGGGCUACUCGGACGACAUCAUCAAAGGCCAUGUCCUGACAAUGAUAAGUGCGGGCACAGACACAUCCGCCGCGACAAUAGAAUGGGCCAUGUCCCUCCUGCUCAACCAUCCGGACGUCAUGAAAAGAGCUCUGGCAGAACUAGACCACGUUAUUGGCCGAGACCGUCUAGCUGACGAAGCAGACAUCCACAAGCUGCCUCGCCUUCAAAGCAUCAUCAACGAGGCGCUGCGAUUGUUUCCGCCCGCGCCACUCCUUGUUCCUCAUGAGUCUGCUGAGGAUUGCACGGUCGGCGGGUUCGACGUGCCCCGAGGCACCAUGAUCCUGGUAAAUGCGUGGGCAAUUCAGAGAGACCCAAAAGUGUGGGAUGACCCCACGAGUUUUAAACCAGAGAGGUGCGAGGGAUUGGAAGGUGAUCAUUCUGGCCGGUUGUUGCCGUUUGGGAUGGGGAGGAGGAGUUGUCCAGGUGCCGGCCUUGCCAACAGAGUGGUGAGUUUGGGCCUAGCUGCACUUCUUCAGUGCUUCGAGUGGGAACGAGUCGGCGAAGAGCCGGUGGACUUGUCGGAGGGGACGGGACUCACAAUGCCCAAGAGAGAGCCAUUGGAGGCUAUGUGCAAAGCGCGUGAAUGCAUGAUCGCUAAUGUUCUUGCACAGCUUUGAGAAGGUCGUUCUCUAGUGAAUUUUUUUUGGUCAUGUAUCUCCCAUUUUUUUUUCUCUUUCUUUCUGUUUGUUCCGUCCAAUUUAACGCCCUAAUGGAGCCUAUUGUGGUCGAUUGAAGCCAAU